UCAACAAAAAAGAAACCGAAGAAGAAAAAAAUCAAACAAAAAAAAGCUUCUCUUUUAUUUUCUCUUCGCUUUCCUUGUUUUUCUGCCAUUGCAGAAUCAACAAACCCUAGCGAAAGAAUCUUAGAGAAUGCCCUUUUAAUCCCAUCAUUGAUCACAAAUUUACCAUUCCACCCCCGCCCCUCCCCGCCGGAGAGAACAAAAAAACAAUGGCCGCCGCCGUCGAUAAACCGCCGCCUGACGAGGAUCUUAUUUCCGCUAGGGUUUCGAAUUUAGGAAUACUAAUUUGUUGAUUUUAUCGUAUUUGUUUUGAUGGCGGGGGCUAAAGGAUGUGCGAUGAUGGUUGAUAAAGCGAGGAGGUGUGUUCGGACGGUGAUAUUUAUGGUGGCGAUGGUGGCGUCGCUGUUAGUGUCGUCGAUGCCGGUUUUAGUGGCGGUCGGAGAUGUGAUAGUUCCGUGUGUAUUGGUGACGAGUUUUAGUUGCUUGAGUUGCUAUGGAUUUAAAGAACAUUUACAUAAAUAUUCAUUUAAAAGCUCAUUGACUGAUAUUCCUCUGGUUUCCGUUUUCAGAUCGUUUCUCAUCAUCUGUGUUUAUUUGAUGUGUGAUUCGCCUGCUUUAUCUCAUGGACCUUACCUUGGAACUGUGACACUCUGUUCUAUAGUUUCAGUUCUUGUUUUAUCAGUUAAAGCUUGUGUUUUCACUAUGAAUUCGCAAAUUGAGGCUGAGGCUUCCUCGAAUUCUAUUUCGAGGCAAAGAAUUCAUCUUAAAAAGUCGUGGGGAAUGCCUGUUUUGUUUCUUUCUUCAGUUGUUUUCGCUCUUGGUCAUACUGUGGUUGCUUAUAGGACGAGCUGUAGAGCCCGGAGGAAGCUUAUGUUUCACCGGGUUGACCCCGAAGCUGUGUUAUCUUGCAAAAAUGUGUUCUCUGUUUACCAAAAGGUGCCACGGUCUCCCACGCCGACUGCUGGGAGAACUCCGAAAAGUGAUAGUGAAGUGAGGCGAAAGCCCUUUGGACCGGCUCAUGCUGAAGGGGAAUGGCCAGUUAGAUUGCUUGCUGAUAUUGAUAGCUUAUUCAUCAAUUGCCAGGGACUUACUGUUCAUUACAAACUUUGUUUGCCUGGUUCGCCUCCUCGUUCGUUGUCUUCCACGGCUUUUCUUGAACCUCCUAGCUGUAACUUGCCGAAGAUGACAGUAGGAAGGUUGAAACUUGAAAAGCAGCCGUCCAAUGUGUUAUUGAAAGCCCAUCAUAAUCUUCAUAGGAGUUAUAGUAAUCAAUUUCAUAGUUCUUCUUCCCUCUAUGCUCCGUUACUAGACGUUGCUCCAAAUUCUCCUGUUCUUUCGGAAGAUAUUCCUGUUCUUAACCUAGAUGAUACUGCUGUGGACAAUGAAACGAAUAAUGUGAAUUCUGGAUCUCCUGAACUGGAUUUGGAGGAAAAUGGGCAGUUGGGUGUUGUUCUGAUUCAUGGAUUUGGGGGAGGAGUAUUCUCAUGGAGGCAUGUAAUGGGGGUUCUGGCUCGGCAGAUUGGUUGUACAGUUGCUGCUUUUGAUCGGCCUGGUUGGGGAUUAACUUCUCGACCUCGCCUAAAGGAUUGGGAAGAGAAACGAUUGCCAAAUCCUUAUAAGCUUGAAACUCAGGUUGAUCUGCUUCUUGCUUUCUGUUCUGAGAUGGGGUUUUCUUCGGUGGUACUUGUUGGUCAUGAUGAUGGAGGCUUGCUUGCUCUGAUGGCUGCUCAAAGACUUCAAACGUCAAUGAAUGCUUUCAAUGUUACAAUAAAAGCAUUAGUACUCCUAAAUGUCAGCUUGUCGAGAGAAGUCGUUCCUGCCUUUGCUAGGAUACUUCUUCGAACUUCACUUGGGAAAAAGCAUCUUGUUCGCCCUCUACUGCGAACGGAAAUUGUUCAAGUGGUUAACAGGCGUGCAUGGUAUGAUGCUACUAAGCUAACGGCAGAGACAUUAAGUUUAUACAAGGCUCCAUUAUACGUGGAAGGUUGGGAUGAAGCACUUCAUGAGAUGGGUAAACUUUCAUGUGAAACAGUCCUUCAACCACAAGUUUGUGCAUCAUUGCAGAAGGCAGUAGAAGACAUUCCAGUAUUGGUCAUCACGGGUGCUGAAGACGCCCUUGUCCCUCUAAAGUCGUCUCAAGUCAUGGCUUCCAAACUUGUGAAUUCUAGACUAGUUGCCAUAUCCGGAUGCGGUCAUCUUCCACACGAGGAGUGCCCGAGGGCAUUACUUGCAGCAAUGUCGCCAUUUAUAAGCAGACUGUUAUUGAGACCAGAUCUGGAAAGUCAAUAGGAUGCUUCUUUUUUCUUCUAAUUUAUUUAUAAUCUAUAUAGGCCUGUAUCUGCUGUAGGGUUUUACUUCUUUCACUCGUUUUCUUACCCUUUACCCUUUCCGUCCCCCCAUUCUUCUUCCUUCCUCGUUUACAAGCGUUCUACCCCGGAGGGUAUUUUUGGUGUUCUUCCAUGUUCAAGCCCUGAUUCUCUAGGGUUUAUAGAUGUCUCAGAGUCACUUGUAAUCUUUUAAUUUUCAUAAGGUUUGGUAAUUCACAGUAAUUCAAAGAUUAGUUUGAAAAGCUGUUUGCUGUUUUCCACUGAAUGAGUGGAUAAUAGCGCAUCCUUUGUACAUUUAUCUGAUUGGAAUGCAUUUGAGAAUGGCGUGUUCAUAUA